GAGUUAAUUUAGGGGGUCACGGACGCAUAGCGCGAAUUAUGUCAACUCUUGGAAGGAAAGCAAGUGUUGCUCGCUAUAAUCGAGACUCAUUGAUAUCUGAUGACUUGAUACAGUCAAUAAACACUGAAGUAUACCAACGCAAAUAUGUUUUCGAAGUUGCUUGGGAGGUGGUCAAUAAAGUUGGUGGAAUAUAUACUGUCAUCCGUACUAAGGCUGCAUCUGCUGUAGAGGAGUUGGGUGACCGUUAUAUUUUAUUUGGCCCACUUAAUGAAGUAUGCAUGAGGACUGAAGUAGAUGUUGCAGAGCCAACAAAUGAGGCAUUGAAGCGUACUGUUAAAGCCAUGCGUGAGCAUGGCACAAAAGUAGUUUUUGGUCGGUGGCUUAUUGAGGGCUAUCCCAACGUUGUUCUGUUUGACAUAGGAUCAUCAGCUUGGCGCAUCGAUUCUUGGAAAAAAGAACUGUGGGAAUCUUGUAAUAUUGGAAUUCCGGUCCAUGAUACUGAGUGUAAUGAUGCCGUCAUCUUUGGAGCACUUGUUGCCUGGUUUUUGAAAGAAUUUGCUGAAAAUGUCAGAGAACUAGAAACUGACCCUCAACCACCAAUUAUUGCACACUUUCAUGAGUGGCUCACAAGCAUUGGUUUAGUAUUUACGCGUACACGUCAUCUUCCUGUUGCUACUGUGUUCACUACACAUGCAACACUUUUGGGUCGUUACUUGUGUGCUUCCUCUGUUGAUUUAUAUAACCAUCUUUCGGAUUUUGAUCUAGAUAAGGAAGCUGGCGAUCGAAAUAUUUAUCAUCGUUAUUGUCUUGAACGUGCGGCCGUUCAUUGUGCACACGUAUUUACAACUGUAAGUAAAAUUACUGGCUUGGAAAGUAAGUUUCUUUUGCGAAGAGAACCAGACAUCAUCACUCCAAAUGGUCUUAAUGUUAUUAAAUUUGCUGCACUUCAUGAGUUUCAAAAUCGUCAUGCAUUGGCUAAAGAAAAGCUGAAUCAAUUUAUUCAAGGACAUUUUUACGGACAUUAUGAUUUUGAUUUGGACAAAACAUUGUAUUUUUUCAUUGCUGGACGUUACGAAUUCCAGAAUAAAGGAGCUGAUAUAUUUAUCGAGUCACUGGCUCGUCUUAAUCAUCAUUUAAAACAAGCACAAACUGAUGUCACUGUCGUAGCGUUCCUCAUUUUUCCAGCUCAUACGAACAGUUUUAACGUGGAUUCGUUUCGUGCACAAGCUAUUGUAAAACAACUACGUGAAACAGUGAAUUCAAUUCAAAGUGAAAUGGGACAUAGGUUAUUUGAAGUGUGUCUUCGAGGGCUUAUUCCUCAAGGAUCUGAUAUACUUACUCAGGGUGAUGUAUUUCGUCUUAAACGUUGUAUAUAUGCAACACAACGAAAUAAUUUGCCCCCUAUUUGUACACACAAUGUUGUUCAAGAUAAUAUCGACCUAGUUCUGUGUAACUUACGCCGAUGUCAGUUAUUUAAUGAUCGUCAUGAUCGUGUUAAAGUAAACCAUUUGUUAUUGUAUUUUUAUUUUAAACUCCAUUUUAAUUUUCAAGAUAUUAAAAGUCAGUUGACUGAAAAUCAUCUUGAGGUGCUUUAUAAAUGGUACAGUUUUUUCAUAUACAGUUACGCCUAAUGAAAUACUCACAGCUCUUUCCAUUUUGGUUAUAAUGGUUAGAUGUUCUGAAAGAUCAAAUAUGUAUUCUUGAAUACGUCCAUGUGUAUUCAGUGACAAAUCAGGAACAUUGAAAGCCAUCAUUAAAUUCCUGAUUAUUACGUCCAGAGGAACCUGCUCAGAAAUAAGCCAUCCCAUCGUUAACUACAGUAAACUUAUAUUUCUUGAUACUCUAAAAUUACUUAGGCUUUCCCAACUAUCACAUCGAAUGAUUACAUUUUUAUUUUGUUCUAUAUAAGGUAAACCGUUGUCAUAUGACUUACCUGUCGAUAAGAUGUUACAAAAUAUUAAAGAAAUCAUGUAUCAUAAUUGUUUUAUUUCUGAAUUCUGUUUUGUAUGGUGUGCAUGUAUAUAAUUUGUGUUUUGUUUUUUCAUCUGAUAGGUUAUUUUUCAUCCUGAAUUCUUAAGUUCUACCAAUCCACUACUACCGAUGGAUUAUGAAGAAUUUGUGCGAGGCUGUCAUUUAGGUGUUUUUCCAUCAUAUUAUGAACCAUGGGGUUAUACACCAGGUUUGAUUUUAUUUGUCUGAUGUCUGAAUUUUACUGACAAAUUUUAGUUUAACAGCUAGUUAUUUAAUCUUUUGAUUAUUCCCUAUAAUUUGUUGACUUUUCUUUUAAGAAUUAGUAUAACUAGAAUUAAUGAAUUAGUUAUUAUUCUUUCUUUCAUUAGAAAAUGUCUACCAGCCUGAUAGUGAAAUAAUUAUGGAAAACCAAUGUUGUCAGUGUCAACUGUUCUUUGUCUGAAAAGUUGCAGUAUAUAUUUCUUGAAUACAAACGUUACAAUCUGUUAAUGUUUUGAAUUCAUGUUAUUGAAUUGAAUACAGCAAAUAACAUUAAUGUCCUGUUUCAACCAAGCUAAAAGCUCAAAUAAUUAUUCUGUUUCAUUGGUUGUUUUCACCUUCCCAUUGAUGUUUAAGAUUGGAAUUGAUCAGUCUUUUUUGGCAUAUGUUUGUCCCUUACGGAUUGCAUCGAUAUUGCUAUUAAGUUACAAGUAUAGUAGUUUGAAUUGAAUGGUGAUUAACAGUGGAAUUCAAGAAGCAUGUUUCAUCCUUUUUAGAACACAUGGUUUGUUCAAUGAGCUGUAGUGACGAAAGUCUCAUUCGUUAUUAUGAUACUUAAAAAUGACAUGAUUUGGUGCAUUUUUAUCUAGUAAUUAUUCAAUAUUCUUGUAUAUUGUUUUUUUUUCAUUUAAGCUGAAUGCACCGUAAUGGGUAUUCCAUCAGUAACAACAAACCUUUCUGGAUUUGGCUGUUUCAUAGAAGAGCAUGUAGAAGAUCCCAAAUCGUAUGGAAUAUACAUUGUUGAUCGUCGUUUUCAAAGCUGUGAAGACAGUGUUCAACAGUUAACCAAGUAUUUGGUUGAGUUCUGUCAAUAUUCUCGCCGUCAACGUAUUGUUUUAAGAAAUCGUACCGAGCGAUUAAGUGAACUGUUGGAUUGGAAAAAUCUUUCCUGUUACUAUCAACGUGCCAGAUUAAUGGCUUUAAAGAGAUUCUCUCCAGAACUAUUCACAUCUAACAAUAAUGAUGAUACUUUAUCGACUCAUAGUUUUCAUCUUAGUCGACCAUAUUCAGCACCUGUAUCUCCAUCAUUAUCAGGACAAUCAACACCGUUGCGAAGUGCCGGUGCAAAUAGUUCAAAUCGUAGCAGUCCUACAUCACAUUUAGAUGAUGAUGAAGUUGAUGAUGACACAGAACGAUUAGAACUAGGUCUUGGUGCAGUAGAAAUCAAUGAUCCUGUACCUGGUUGAAGUACGAAAGCAAAAAAAAAUUCUAUCAAUAUUGAAGUAUAAAAUUAGAAUGUGACUAGUUUAUUUUCUUUCUUUAUUUCUUCUCUUUUCAUUAUUUACCAUUUAUUUUAUUUCUUUUUGUUCAUUUGUAAUUCAUUUAGAUCUUUGUUUUAAUGUGCAUAUUUUAUCAAUCUUAUAAUAUUGUUAUCAUCCUCUAUUGAUAAUAGUUUACACUGUACUAAUUUUCUACACUUCAUCAAUGAAUAUCAUUUGGACAUUUUGUAAAGUCAGAAUUUCUGAUCUCAUUUCACAUGUAUCAAUAAGAUUUAGAAUGAUAGAAAAUAUGAAUUUCAUUCAUUUU